AUGCUUGGUUCAUCCUUCCUCCGUUCGAGGCUUCCGGGCGCCUCCACUGAAAAUUCCGCUGGCCCAGUCUGGCUGAAUAAACGAGUGACGCCCCUUGUGCAAAAGCUCUCCUACAGAGCAUGCCUCCAUCCUAUACAUACGAUCGUCAUUGUCGCAAUUUUUGCUAGUACGACUUAUAUCGGUCUCCUCGAGAGCAGCCUAUUCAAUGUUGUUACAUCAAGCACCGUGGAAGGGAAGGCGGAUUGGCCUUCAUUACUGGAAGGCAGCCGUCAAUUGAGAGUCAGCAGUGAGACGGAUUGGAAAUGGCAGCAGGCAGAUGCGGACACCUCGAUUUCUCCGGAUGCUGAUCAUCUGGCCCUGAUGACUUUGGUCUUCCAAAACUCGUUGACCGCCAAUUCCCCGCAAACCUCGGUACCAAUCCCUCAAAAUUUAUCGGUUACGCCCCUACCAGCAACUUCAUCUCAGGGUACUACUCUUGUAUAUUCAGUGCCAUACAGCAAUGCUCCAGAGUUCCUUGUCCGAGCUCAGGAAUUCCCCAGUGCCCUUUCCGCACUGGAGACUGAGAAAGCCCACGAUGGACUUGAGGCAGACUCGACAAAGGAGCAGAAAAAGUGGAUUAUGAAGGCUGCAAAGGUCGCUGGGUCGCACGCUGGUUUACGCAACUGGGCUUCGACCGCAUGGACUGAAUUCGUCCACCUGAUCAAGAAUGCCGAGACCCUGGACAUUAUCAUUAUGGUGCUGGGAUAUAUUUCUAUGCACUUGACGUUCGUGUCGCUGUUCAUCUCGAUGCGUCGCAUGGGUUCGCACUUCUGGCUGUUUGCAACGACCCUUUUCUCGUCGGUUUUCGCUUUCCUUUUUGGAUUGAUUGUGACCACGAAAUUGGGAGUACCAAUGAAUAUGAUUUUGCUGUCCGAAGGUCUGCCAUUCUUGGUCGUUACCAUUGGUUUCGAGAAGUCGAUUGUUUUGACCAAGGCAGUACUAUCUGCUUCGCUUGAAUCACGCAGGCCUCAAGCCCAGGAAAAGAAAUACGGCAUAUCACCAAACUCCAUUGGAUACGCGGUGCAGGUUGCGAUCAAGGAGAAGGGUUAUGAGAUUCUUAGGGACUACGCGAUCGAGAUCUGUAUUCUGGUUGCUGGUGCUGCAUCUGGUGUUCAGGGCGGACUUCAACAGUUCUGUUUCCUGGCGGCCUGGAUUCUGGCCUUCGACUGUCUUCUCCUUUUCACCUUCUAUACGGCAGUCUUGAACAUUAAGCUCGAAAUCAACCGUAUCAAACGCCAUGUUGCCCUUCGCCAGGCUUUAGAGGAUGACGGCGUCAACCGUCGCGUGGCUGAAACCGUUGCUCAGAGCGACGAAUGGCCAAAGGCGGAUGAUGCGGCCGGAAGCACCGAGACAAAUAUCUUCGGACGAAAGGUUCGAGACAGCAGCAUCCCCAAAUUCAAGGUUCUGAUGGUUGGAGGUUUUGUCAUCAUUAACAUUCUCAACCUUUGCACCAUUCCCUUCCGGAGCGGCAAAAUCAACCGGGCUUCUUCAAUUAUUCCCGACUUUGCUGGAAAUAGCGUCGUUAAUAGUGUAUCCUCCCUCCCAAUGGAUCCCUUUGAAAUCGCACCCAGCGCUUUGGACGCCAUACUCUUGUCUGCCAAGUCUCAGGAAAAGGCGGUAGUGGUCACCGUCCUUUCACCUAUUAAGUACGAACUUCAAUACCCCUCUGUUCACUACGCUAUUCCAUCAAGGGACCGGAACUCUGUGACUGAUGAUGAUGAGCUUGGUGACUAUGGAAUGGGCGGUCGCGUCGUGGAGGGUGUCCUGAAGAGCUUGGAGGAUCCUGUUCUAUCGAAGUGGAUAGUCGCCGCGUUGGCAUUGAGUGUGAUCUUGAACGGAUAUCUCUUCAAUGCAGCAAGAUGGAGCAUUAAAGAUCCGCUACAAAUGCCUCCACACCACGCUGUUGACGCCAAAGAACUUGAGCAAGCAGAGAAAUUCAACAACUCGACCUCCGUGCCUUCACUAAAGCUCCCUGCUAUCGACCCAGAGGCAAAUGACCGGCUUGCACCUCCGACCCCAGCUACAACAGAUGAUGAGGACGAGGGUCUCGAAAUGCGCCAGGCUGAGCCAGAAGGUCAACCUCCCCUCCGCCGAACACUUGUCCAAAUGGAGCGCUUGCUUCAGGAAAAGCGUGCGCCUGAGCUCACUGAUAGCGAGAUUGUCGAAUUAUCCAUGCAAGGCAAAAUUCCUGGCUAUUCUCUUGAACGGACUUUGAAGAACACUACCCGUGCUGUCAAAAUCAGACGUGCCAUCAUCUCAAGGACUCCUGCUACUACUGAGACGACAAGUCUGUUGGAGAAAUCCAAACUGCCAUACAAUCACUACGACUACGACCGUGUCCUGGGAGCUUGCUGCGAAAACGUUAUUGGUUACAUGCCGCUUCCACUUGGUGUUGCUGGCCCUAUUGUUAUUGAUGGACAAAGCUUCUUCUUGCCUAUGGCUACGACAGAGGGUGUCCUCGUUGCUAGUACAAGCCGUGGCUGCAAGGCAAUCAAUUCUGGCGGCGGUGCAGUCACAAUCGUAACUGGCGAUGGCAUGACCCGUGGUCCUUGUGUUACCUUCGAAACCCUCGAACGGGCUGGCGCAGCCAAGGUGUGGCUGGAUUCAGAAAUCGGACAAGGAACAAUGGCCGAAGCUUUCAACUCUACUAGCAGGUUUGCCAGGCUACAGCACAUCAAGACAGCACUGGCAGGAACAAAUCUCUAUCCUCGCUUCAAGACUACCACUGGUGAUGCUAUGGGAAUGAACAUGAUCUCCAAGGGCGUCGAGCAUGCCUUAAGCGUCAUGCGCGACAAUGGCUUUGAUGAUAUGCAGAUUAUUUCGGUCUCUGGCAACUUCUGUACAGACAAGAAAGCGGCUGCAGUCAACUGGAUUGAUGGCCGUGGAAAGAGUGUCGUGGCAGAGGCCAUUAUUCCUGGCGAAGUCGUGCGGAAGGUCCUCAAGACUAGUGUAGAAGCCAUGGUCGAACUGAAUAUCGCUAAGAAUCUCGUUGGCAGUGCUAUGGCCGGAAGCAUUGGAGGUUUCAAUGCCCACGCCGCAAACAUUGUCACCGCUAUCUUUUUGGCUACUGGUCAAGAUCCCGCCCAGAACGUCGAAAGCAGCAGUUGUAUCACACUCAUGAAAAAUUUGCGCGGAAAUCUUCAAAUCAGUGUUUCGAUGCCUUCUAUUGAAGUCGGUACCCUCGGAGGAGGUACCAUUCUGGAGCCGCAAGCCGCUAUGCUGGAUCUAUUAGGUGUCCGAGGCUCCCACCCCACAAACCCAGGUGACAAUGCUCGAAAACUUGCACGCAUUGUUGCUGCUGGUGUGCUUGCCGGUGAGCUUUCAUUGUGCAGCGCCUUGGCAGCUGGACAUCUUGUGCAGAGCCAUAUGGCACACAACAGAAGUGCUCCGGCGACUCGCAGUAACACCCCAGCGCCGAGCGGUGCCCAAACACCAGUGACUGCGGCGAUGACCACCAUGCAGGAGAGGGCUGGGCUGGCUAUGUCACCGGCAGCAGUUGCUCGCGCCCCCGGAGGAAAGAAGUAG